CCUCGUGUAUUGCUUCGAAUUCAACGGAUCGAUCUCAACUUGUUCUUAAGAACCUAAUCGCUCCUGGAAGUCCCCCGGUCACUGACACCUGCACCAAUCUGAAGAGUCCGAGGAAAUCGAGACUCUGGAGGGCUCUAUUAAAGGCUUAGGGCGUCACGGGACCCCUGGCAGUAGCAUUUCGUAUCCAGUCAUAUCUUAGCUUAAGAUUCGGUGGUCAACAUCGUCAUCACUAUCUAACAUCUUUCCCUCCUCGCUCAUCGAGUCAACAAGCACACUUGCGUAGACCUUUCUGCUCACCCCCGGAUUCAUCUUUAUCUUUUCAUCUACCUCAGGUUAACUCUACGCCAAGUCUAUGCCAUGUCUUUCGUCAAACUAAGUAUAUUUGGUACCUCUUUCGAGGUAACGACUCGCUAUGUCGAUCUGCAGCCUGUUGGAAUGGGGGCGUUUGGCCUUGUCUGCUCUUCCAAGGAUCAACUCACUGGGUCUUCUGUUGCCAUCAAGAAGAUUAUGAAGCCUUUCAGUACCCCAGUUUUGAGCAAGCGAACAUACCGUGAGCUCAAGCUCCUCAAGCACAUACAACACGAGAAUAUUAUUAGCCUUAGCGAUGUGUUUAUCUCGCCACUUGAAGAUUUGUAUUUUGUUACCGAACUCCUUGGAACCGACCUCCAUCGACUGCUGACAUCGCGACCUUUGGAGAAACAGUUUGUCCAAUACUUCCUAUAUCAGAUUCUGCGUGGACUAAAAUAUGUCCAUUCCGCGGGCGUCGUGCACCGAGAUCUCAAACCUAGUAAUAUUCUUGUCAAUGAGAACUGUGACUUGAAAAUAUGCGAUUUCGGAUUGGCUCGGAUCCAGGACCCCCAGAUGACAGGCUAUGUCUCGACGCGAUAUUACCGCGCUCCCGAAAUUAUGUUAACCUGGCAAAAGUACGAUGUUGCGGUCGACAUUUGGAGUACAGGUUGCAUAUUUGCAGAGAUGCUUGAAGGAAAACCCUUGUUCCCCGGGAAAGACCAUGUCAAUCAAUUUUCCAUAAUCACUGAACUAUUGGGCACUCCUCCGGAUGAUGUCAUUGAAACUAUAGCGAGCGAAAACACCCUUCGCUUUGUGCAAAGUCUGCCUAAACGCGAGCGCGUGCCUUUCAGCCAAAAACUCCGAACUACCGAUGCGGAUGCUUUGGAUCUUCUAGAAAAGAUGCUGGUCUUUGACCCUCGGAAACGCAUAGAUGCUGCGGAGUCACUUGCCCAUGAAUAUGUGGCACCAUAUCAUGAUCCAACCGAUGAGCCCGUAGCUUCUGAGAAGUUCGACUGGAGCUUCAAUGAUGCCGACCUCCCCGUUGACACGUGGAAGGUCAUGAUGUACAGCGAGAUUCUGGAUUUCCAUCAGGUUGGAGACACGGCCACAUCAGCGAGUGGUAUACCCGAAGGUGCACUAGCCGGGCCAGACGCACCAGCAGGAACUACACCAGCAAAGUGAAUCUUCACAUAGUUCCAAUUUAUUUUCAGUUGGAUGUCUGUUUCGACGUGAUUUUUGCAGGAGUACAGGUUUUUGGAGCGCCUUCGCUUUUUUGGACAUAGAGCGUUACUACUACUAUUUCUUUCAGACCAAUCACUUGUAAUGUCUUCAAUUUUACAUAAUAAGCAAGCAUGAUUGUAUGUACCAAUAUCUUUUCGAAUUCGCGCACGCUUAGAAGUUCUCCGGAUUCGCGUAGUAUUGUUGCAGGUCCUUGAACGUGAACCGCAGUCAUACAUGUGGUUGUUGAAUAUUACUAGAGCAACCUUGGUUUAGAACAGCAUCACUUUCGCAAGUUUGACCACUGUAUCCUAUAAAUGUACGCCUCGACCCUUCAUAUCAUGUGGCGUAAGUGUCGCAAUACAGUGAUGCAUCACGUAGUACUAGUAUCAAGUUCCCUUUUUGGGUUUGUCACAAAC